UUUAAAAAAAAAAAAAAAAGAUAAGAACAAAUAUUCAGGUAAGAGAGAGAAAGAGAAGGACCUGAUAAUGAAAGUGAGUGAAAGCUGGUUGUUUUUAAGCUUUGGAGCUUUAGUAAUGGAGAAAACGCCAUUUUCUACUCUCUGAUCAUCAAAGAAGAAAAAAGAAAGAGCAAAAGCGCCUCUUUUCUUCCAUUUCUCUCUUGCAUGGAAAGCUCGACAAUACUCUCGGACUCUGCAGAAUUCGCGAGAUUUGACCGAAUUGAAUCUUUGGCGGUUUUGGAUUAAUCUGUGAUUGAGGAAGGAAUCGCCCGAGAUUUUUUGAUUUGGAAGAUUUAAUGCUUGCGGUUUUGUUUAUUAAACCUGUGGAUCGUGUCCUUUGGUUGUUUGUUCUCUCCAGCAUUUACUCGGCGAAUCGAAAUUAAUCCUCAAAACCUUGAUUUUGAUCAGUUAUGGAGUGGUAGAUAGCAAAAGUAAAGGUUUUUGUAUUAUUGCUUUGGAAGAACGAAGAGAAGCAGAAGAAACUGAAAGAAAAUCGAAAAUUAAGGCCUAAUGAGGGAGGUAGUUGAGAAAAGCUUGGAUCCCCAACUAUGGCAGGCCUGCGCGGGAGGGAUGGUGAACAUCCCUCCGAUGAACUCUAAAGUUUUCUACUUCCCGCAAGGUCACGCCGAGCACGCCCAGGCCCACGUCGAUUUCCCCGCUUCCAUGAGGAUCCCGUCCUUCGUUCUCUGCCGAGUGGCUUCCCUCAAGUUCAUGGCCGACCCUGAGACCGACGAGGUUUUCGCCAAGAUGAGGCUUUUGCCUUUGGGGAACAAUGAACUUGAUUCCGACGACGAUAAGGUUUUGGGGUCCGCCGAUGGGUCUGAGAACCCGGAGAAGCCGGCUUCGUUUGCGAAGACGCUCACUCAAUCGGACGCCAACAAUGGUGGGGGCUUUUCGGUUCCGAGGUACUGCGCGGAGACGAUCUUUCCGCGGUUGGAUUACUCGGCGGAUCCGCCGGUUCAGACGGUGGUGGCCAAGGAUGUCCACGGCGGGCUUUGGAAGUUUAGGCAUAUAUAUAGAGGGACGCCGAGACGCCAUUUGCUGACCACUGGGUGGAGCAAUUUUGUUAACCAGAAGAAGCUGGUUGCUGGAGACUCAAUUGUGUUCCUGAGGACGGAAACUGGGGAUAUUUGUGUGGGGAUUAGGCGAGCCAAGAGAGGGAUUGGUGGCGGACCCGAACCGCCUUCUGGGUGGAACAAUGGCUAUGGCGGGUUCUCGGUGUUCUUGAGGGAGGACGAGAGCAAGAUGGGUAGAAAUGGGUGUGGGAAUUCCAGUCCUGGUGGUGGGAAUAUGAGAGGGACUGGAAGGGUGAGGCCUGAAGCAGUUGUUGAGGCUGCGGUUCGUGCGGCCAAUGGGCAGCCGUUUGAAGUCGUAUAUUACCCGCGUGUCAGCACGCCGGAGUUCUGUGUCAAGGCCUCCGCCGUGAAAGGGGCUAUGAGGAUUCAGUGGUGUUCUGGGAUGAGGUUCAAGAUGGCGUUCGAAACUGAGGAUUCUUCUCGGAUAAGCUGGUUCAUGGGAACUAUAAACUCUGUUCACGUUGCUGACCCUGUUCUCGUUGCUGACCUGAACCGCUGGCCUCAUUCCCCCUGGCGGCUUCUCCAGGUGACAUGGGAUGAACCAGAUUUACUGCAUAAUGUGAAGCGGGUCAACCCAUGGUUGAUUGAAUCAGUCUCAAAUAUGCCCAUUAUCCCCUUGUCAUCAUUCUCACCACCAAGAAAGAAGUUGCGGCUCCCGCAACACCCUGACUUUACUCUUGACGGCCAAUUUCUGGUACCGUCGUUUUUAGGUAAUCCCCUUGGGCCCAGCAGCCCCAUGUGUUAUCUACCCGAUAACACUCCUGCAGGCAUACAGGGAGCCAGGCAUGCUCUAUUUGGAAUAUCUUUAUCAGAUCUCCACCUUAACAACAAGCUGCAGUCAGGGCUGUUCCAUUCCAGUUUUCAGCAGUUGAAUCAACACUCUAGAAUUUCUAAUGAAAUCAUCACAGGCAAUGCAAACCGCAAUGAGAGCCUAUCCUCUUUGCUCACAAUGGGAAAUUCUACACAGAAUUUGGAGAAAUCUGAUAGUGUUAAACUUAAGAGACAUCAAUUUGUACUUUUUGGUCAGCCAAUACUCACUGAGCAGCAGAUCUCCAAUAAUGGUUCUAGUGACACAGUCUCAGAAGUUUCUAACGGGAAAAGUCUAACAGAUGGGAAUCCAGAAGGUGCGAAAUUUCAUUCUAAUGGCUCAGGAUCUCUACCUGAACAGCAGGCUUCAUCAAAUACUGGGAUUUCAUGGCUUAAGGGUCUUCAAGCUACUGAAUUUGGUCUGGAUACUGGCCACUGUAAGGUAUUUAUGGAAUCUGAGGAUGUUGGACGGGUUCUUGACCUUUCUGUUCUUGGCUCCUAUGAGGAGUUGUACAGGAGGCUGGCCAACAUGUUUGGAAUAGAAAGAUCGGAAAUGCUGAGCCAUGUUCUUUACCAUGAUGCAACUGGAGCUGUUAAACGAACCGGAGAUGAACCAUUCAGUGAUUUUAUGAAGACGGCAAAAAGGCUGACCAUUUUAACAGAUUCGGGCAGCAAAAAUAUGGGAAGGGCGCGGAUUACAGGGAUGCGAAAUGCUGAAAAUGGGCUGGGCGCAUCAAACAAGACAGGUCCUUUGAGUAUAUUUGCGUGAUCUAGUGUGUCUCUUGUAAACUUUUAUUAUUAUUAUUAUUAUUUUUUAAGAAUGAACAAUUGUUGAGGGAUCCUUAAACUUCGUAGUCUUGAAUGGAGAAAAAGACUAUUGAACUC